AUGGGCGGCGCGCUGGGCGGCAAUAUUUCACGGGGGCGGACCGCCCCUGACAGCCUCCGGGGGCCGCACCGCCCGCCUCCCGGGGGCCCUCCGCCGCUCCUCAGCGCUCCCAACAUGAGUAGACAUCGUUUACGUGAUAGUUCCAUUGCAAGAGUGCUAGAAGAAGUUUUGAACAAAUCAGAUUUAGAGGAAAGUGAAGUGGAUGAUGAUGUGGAAGAAAUUAGAACUGAUUCAUCGUCUGAGAAUGAAGAUGAAGUUGAAGCCAAUCCACCAGAUGAUAAUAAUACGGAAUGUGAUAAAUUCAUUGCAAAAAGUGGACGAGAGUAUAUUACGAAGCCAUCUCGACAAUAUCGGCGUUCUUGGAUCUCGGGUCGCACAGUGGCUUACACCCGCCUCUCACCUGUUGCAGUGCCGGACACGUGGUCCCCACCCCGGCUGGUGCCACCAGAGCCAGAGUUCUUGGCGCCCGUUGGUAACCUGACCGCACCUGUUGGCAAGGAGGUCAUCCUCAGCUGCGUCGUGGACCACCUGGGCAAGUACAAGGUGGGCUGGUUGCGCUCUGAAGACCAGACCGUGCUUACAAUGCACGACAAGGUGGUGACACACAACUCGCGGGUCGGAGUCUCGCACGACCAGCUCCGAACGUGGCGGCUGCACGUGCGCCAGCUGAAGGAGUCGGACCGCGGCUGCUACACCUGCCAGAUCAACACGAGCGUCAUGAAGCAGCAGACCGGCUGCAUCGACGUGCACGUCCCACCGGACAUCUUGAUUGAAGAGACGAGCGGCGACAUGGCGGUCACCGAGGGUGAAAACGCCACCUUGCGCUGCCGGGCCUCAGGGCGGCCAACCCCUCGGAUAUCGUGGCGCCGGGAGGACGGCGAGCACAUAAUGCUACGGCUGGGAGCCCGAAACCUCACGCAAGUGGAGACGUACGUGGGCAACGACCUGCACCUGUGGCGGCUGGACCGUCGCCAGAUGGCGGCCUACCUGUGCAUCGCCUCCAACGACGUGCCGCCCAGCGUCAGCAGAAGAAUCGUGCUCAGCGUCAACUUUGCUCCAUCGGUGAAGGUCCCAAACCAACUGCUCGGGGCACCCCUGGGCACCGACGUGCAGAUGGAAUGUUAUGUGGAGGCCUUCCCCAACACCAUCAACUACUGGGUCAAGAACAGGGGAGAGAUGCUGCUCGACGGGCCGAAGUACGUGGUGCGCGAGAGCCGGGUCUCCUACAAGGUGUACAUGUGGCUGGUGGUGAGGCGCUUCAGCCGCAGUGACGUCGGCACCUACAACUGCGUCGCCACCAACUCGCUGGGCCGGGGAGAGGGCACUCUGCGACUCUACGAGAUAAAACUGCACUCUGGAACAGUACGUGAUUCGACGGACAACCAACUCGCCGUUGUUGGAGACGAAAAGGCUUUCCGUAGAUAA